CAAGACCAAGCAUUCAGCAAGCCACUCUUCUACCUCCCUUACUGGAGUAAGGCACCCUGAAGGCACAAGUCAGUGAGACAUGGCUGAAGAUAAAAGCAAGAGAGACUCCAUCGGGAUGAAUAUGAAGGGAUGCCAGACAAACAACGGGUUUGUCCAUAAUGAAGACAUUCUGGAGCAGACCCCGGAUACAGGUAGCUCAGCAGACAACCUGCAGCACAGCACCACGAGCAUCCUUGGCUCCCAGGAGCCGGACUUCAAGGGCGUCCAGCCCUACGCGGGGAUGCCCAAGGAGGUUCUGUUCCAGUUCUCUGGCCAGGCCCGCUAUCGCAUACCCCGGGAGAUCCUCUUCUGGCUCGCCGUGGCUUCUGUCCUGGUGCUCAUCGCGGCCACUGUAGCCAUCAUUGUCCUCUCUCCAAAGUGCCUAGACUGGUGGCAGGAGGGGCCCAUGUACCAGAUCUACCCGAGGUCUUUCAAGGACAGUAACAAGGAUGGGAACGGAGAUCUGAAAGGUAUUCAAGAUAAACUGGACUACAUCACAGCUUUAAAUGUAAAAACUGUUUGGAUUACUUCAUUUUAUAAGUCGUCCCUUAAAGAUUUCAGAUAUGGUGUUGAAGAUUUCCGGCAAGUCGAUUCCAUUUUUGGAACGAUGGAAGAUUUUGAGAAUCUGGUUGCAGCCAUACAUGAUAAAGGUUUAAAAUUAAUCAUCGAUUUCAUACCAAACCACACCAGUGAUAAACAUACUUGGUUUCAAUUAAGUCGGACACGGACAGGAAAAUAUACUGAUUAUUAUAUCUGGCAUGACUGUACCCAUGAAAAUGGCACAACCGUUCCACCCAACAACUGGUUAAGUGUAUAUGGAAACUCCAGUUGGCACUUUGAUGAAGUGCGAAACCAGUGUUAUUUUCACCAGUUUAUGAAAGAGCAACCUGAUUUAAAUUUCCGCAAUCCUGAUGUUCAUGAAGAAAUAAAAGAAAUUUUACGGUUCUGGCUCACAAAGGGUGUUGAUGGUUUUAGCUUUGAUGCUGUUAAAUUUCUCCUAGAAGCAAAGCAUCUGAGAGAUGAGAUCCAAGUAAAUAAGACCCAAAUCCCGGACACGGUCACACAGUACUCGGAGCUGUACCAUGACUUCACCACCACGCAGGUGGGAAUGCAUGACAUCGUCCGCAGCUUCCGGCAGACCAUGGACCAAUACAGCACGGAGCCCGGCAGAUACAGGUUCAUGGGGACUGAAGCCUAUGCAGAAACUAUUGACAGAACCGUGAUGUACUACGGAUUGCCAUUUAUCCAAGAAGCCGACUUUCCCUUCAACAAUUACCUCACCAUGCUAGACACUGUUUCUGGGAACAGUGUGUAUGAGGUUAUCACAUCCUGGAUGGAAAACAUGCCAGAAGGAAAAUGGCCUAAUUGGAUGAUUGGUGGACCAGACAGUUCCCGGCUGACUUCUCGUUUGGGGAAUGAGUAUGUCAACGUGAUGAACAUGCUUCUUUUCACACUCCCUGGAACUCCUAUAACUUACUAUGGAGAAGAAAUUGGAAUGGGAAAUAUUGUAGCCAUAAAUCUCAAUGAAAGCUAUGAUACUAAUACCCUCCUCUCAAAGUCACCAAUGCAGUGGGACAACAGUUCAAAUGCUGGUUUUUCUGAAGCUAGUCACACCUGGUUACCCACCAAUUCAGAUUACCACACUGUGAAUGUUGAUGUCCAAAAGACUCAGCCCAGAUCGGCUUUGAAGUUAUAUCAAGACUUAAGUCUACUUCAUGCCAAUGAGCUACUCCUCAACAGGGGCUGGUUUUGCCAUUUGAGAAAUGACAGUCACUAUGUUGUGUACACAAGAGAGCUGGAUGGCAUAGACAGAAUCUUUAUCGUGGUUCUGAAUUUUGGAGAAUCAACACUGUUAAAUCUACAGAAUAUGAUUUCAGGCCUUCCCGCUACAGUGAGAAUAAGGUUAAGUACCAAUUCUGCCAACAAAGGCAGUGAAGUUGAUACAAGUGGUAUUUUUCUGGACAAGGGAGAGGGACUCAUCCUUGAACACAACACAAAGAAUCUCCUUCAUCGCCAAACAGCUUUCAGAGAUAGAUGCUUUGUUUCCAAUCGAGCAUGCUAUUCCAGUGUAUUGAACAUACUGUAUACCUCGUGUUAGGCACCUUUAUGAAGAGAUGAAGACACUGGCGUUUCUUUGGGAUUGUAAGCAUUUGUAAUAGCUUCAUGUACAGCAUGCUGCUUGGUGAACAAUCAUUCUUUGAUAUUUCUGUAGCUUGAACGUAACUGCUUUAAGAAAGGUUCUCAAAUGUUUUGAAUAAAAACGUUUAAAAGUAAAUUAUCGCUUAUAGGAGCUUAUAACUUUAUUGAGAUAGCAUCAAUCAGGGAUGACCAGAACACAUUAGGACCCCAGAUUAUUCAAAAACUUUAACGAAUUUUAAGGGGAAGAAUUUUAUCUUUUCCCUUAAAAUGCAGUCACAGAAAUUAGAGGAUGACUCACUGCCACAGUGUCUAAAAGCACUUGCUAGCAAAGAGGCAGGACACUGAUUUGUAAACUGCUCAACUGUUCUGAAUGGAAGGGAAGCCUAGAGUUCUGCUAUCACCAAUCUUUCCCUUCCCUCUACUCCAUGUCCUUCUAAGGAGCAUGAUUUAAAAACUACUUUCCUAGGUUAAUGGGCAUGUGCAUCAAUGGAGAGAACAGUAUAAGCAAGUAAGAUGUAGACUAAGCAAAAUUUAGAUGGAGAAGCACAUUUUAAAAAAUUAAUAACUUAAAAAUCUCAAGUUAUUAAUUUUUUUUUUUGCUAACUCCAAGACUAUGAAAUAUUUCAAUUUCCAAUUCCCAGUUGAAUGUAGUGUUUCAGAAUUUCAGGUAUUUCUUAAGAUCCUCGAAAACACUGGUGCUGUCAAGUCCAAGUUCCUCGUACAGGAAUUUAAUUUGGGCUGUAAUCUAAAAGAAACACAUUAAAAAAAAUAAAAUAGAAGGCCUUUGUAGUAAAA